CAGACUUUAUUAAGUAUUUUGCGUUUCUAAACAAUAAACCCAUUGUAUGAUAUUGAAUUCCAUAAAGGCCUACUGUUUAUAGAUUAAUUUGAAUGUCUAUUUCAAGGGGCUGCAUUAGUACCUCUAAUGAUAAAACCGACAGCAGAGCUUCAACACAACAUCUGCCACGGUCAACCCGAUUUCGGGUCGUCAAACGAUUACUUAAAAGUUGUGUAUGCUUGUGUACUGCGUUGUUACAUUUUCGCCACAUACAUUUAGUGUUAGGUCUGUUAAGCUGUUAAAAAUGUACACGACUAAAACACUUUCAAAGACGUCACAUUUUAAAAAACGUUUUCUAAGUAAAGUUAAAAAAAACAAGCUGUAAAAACCAUGAAACGGCUAUAAACCCCGUCUUAACACCCACAGAAACAAAGUCAAUUUGUGCGUUUUUAUAUUAAAAAAAUGUUUAUUUGCCCGAAAUAGCCGGGAGAAAUUUAUUUUCAAAGGGAAGUUCAUUUUUCCAAUCUUUCCAUGUAAAGUGAACAUACCACUGCUGUCGUCGCACAUUUCCCAUGAUGCAGUGCGAGAAACACCCGGCGCGGACAUUCAAAACUAUGGCAGAAAACUCGAAUAUAGUUAAACUAACAUCAAACUGUGAAGGCACAGAAAAUGCGCCAGCUAUUAAGAGUGGAGACAAUGGGAUAACGAGGCGACUGUCGUUUUCGUCAGAAACAGAUGUUAGCUCACUGGAGGAACCGAAUAUGACACGUAAAGUCUUAACGUUACAAAGUGUUCCCGACGACUCAAACUCAUCUACACCGGAACAACUCUCACAACAGGCCGUAAACACGCGUUUAAAUGAGAAAAAUGCAAUGGAGUUGGAAGAUGCCUCUCCUGAACAUCAACUCAAAUCUAAACAGCAGUGUGUGAACAACACUGAAGACAAGGAAAAUACUGCAGUGCCCUCCACAACCAGCACUCCAGACAACACCCAAGAAGAAGACACUUCUGGUCAGAGAAGUUCGCAGGUUUCCAGUCAACAGCAGCAAAACGGAGAGGACAAUGACUCUGAGGUGUUGAAAAGAGCGCAGGAGGAAGGCCGUGUGAACGUGAUUUUCCCCGGCACUGUAACUCAGGAAGGCUGCUGCCGCUUCGUCAGCGAGAUCCUCAAGUGCAUUCUCUAUCAGAGACAGCAACUACCUAUGACGUAUGACCAGCUGGUGUACUCCCAGAAGAAACAGCAAGCCACAAUGCAGGAUAAAGACAUGGUGAGUCGGAGGCCGAUGCAGUCUGCAGACAUGGACUGGCGCAAGUGUCAACAGACCCUCCAGGAGCUAGAGGAGGUGCUGCAACAGCUGGAGGUGCUUUUUUCACUCAGCAGGGUGCCCCGCGUGCUGCUGCUUAUGGGUGGCUCCCUCAUCCUCCCCAAAGAGCUGUAUGAGAUCAACAUGGAGGCUCUGGUAUCAGCUGGUGGAGAUCAGUGUCUACGGGUGUCCUCAUGCUUAAGGCAACUCUUCCGUACUCUUUUUGUGGCUGAUCUGUUGUCUGACACCAAAGCUGUUCGUUUAAUGCCCACCACAGUCUUGGCGCUGGCACACAGGGAUUGCGGUGUAGGUUGGUUUCGCCCUAAAUUACAAUUUAAAGUGCCAACCCGUGUAAAGAACAAAAUUAUUGCUUUGUCUACUGAUCCCAGCAUCUGUAAGGAACCAAGGGCACAAGAGUCAGACUGGCAGGAUUAUGUGUGGUUUCAGGCACCUAUGGCUAUCAAGGGCUGUGGCAACUGAGCCCAAAAGUUGAGGAGCACGUAUAUUGGAGCUCUCUUACUGGAGCCUGUAUACUACAAUUACAUUUUAAUGGAGAUUCAACUGAAUUUUGAAUUGAGCUGUGCAUAUUUUAAUGAAUAAUGGGUUGCCGUUUUCUCUACUUGUGAUUAAAAGUAUGUCCCUUAAAUCAAUUAGUGGGUUUAUUGACACAAGCAAAAUGUGUGUUAUGCUUUUUUAUACUUUUGAAAUACUCACUGUUUUUUAAGAGGCUUUGUUGCCAUGAUAUCAUUGUGUUUAUUUGUUUAUAUUUAUGAAGAAUGUUUUACAUGUUUUGCAUAAAAUAUCAAUGUUUGAGAAUGUUAAAC